AUGGCCGGGUCUGGUGGUGGCCUCAGUGCCUGGGGGAGCCUGGUGCUGUUGGGCCUGUGUAGCUGGACGUGCACUGGAACUGACGCCCCCAAUGCAGUGAGAAACCUGGCAGUGGUUGCUCAGACCAACAGCUCCAUCACGCUGACGUGGGAGGCCCCUGAAGUGGCUGAGGACUCCGACAAUGAGAACCUCACCUACUGGGUCCACUGCAUGGGCAGUGAUGGCAGAAAUGAGACCCAGAACACGACAGUGACCAGUGCCACUGUGGAUGGACUCACAGCGGGAACCUCAUACACGUGUCACGUGUGGGUGGAGAAGGAGGGACUCAGCAGCCCCAUGGAGAGCAUCACUGCCGCCACAGCCCCCAAUGCAGUGAGAAACCUGGCAGUGGUUGCUCAGACCAACAGCUCCAUCACGCUGACGUGGGAGGACCCCGAAGCCCCCGAGGACCCCGACACCCACAACUUCACCUACCAGAUCCACUGCAUGGGCAGUGAUGGCAGAAAUGUGACCCAGAACACGACAGUGACCAGUGCCACUGUGGAUGGACUCACAGCGGGAACCUCAUACACGUGUCACGUGUGGGUGGAGAAGGAGGGACUCAGCAGCCCCAUGGAGAGCAUCACUGCCGCCACAGCCCCCAAUGCAGUGAGAAACCUGGCAGUGGUUGCUCAGACCAACAGCUCCAUCACGCUGACGUGGGAGGACCCCGAAGCCCCCGAGGACCCCGACACCCACAACUUCACCUACCAGAUCCACUGCAUGGGCAGUGAUGGCAGAAAUGUGACCCAGAACACGACAGUGACCAGUGCCACUGUGGAUGGACUCACAGCGGGAACCUCAUACACGUGUCACGUGUGGGUGGAGAAGGAGGGACUCAGCAGCCCCAUGGAGAGCAUCACUGCCGCCACAGCCCCCAAUGCAGUGAGAAACCUGGCAGUGGUUGCUCAGACCAACAGCUCCAUCACGCUGACGUGGGAGGACCCCGAAGCCCCCGAGGACCCCGACACCCACAACUUCACCUACCAGAUCCACUGCAUGGGCAGUGAUGGCAGAAAUGUGACCCAGAACACGACAGUGACCAGUGCCACUGUGGAUGGACUCACAGCGGGAACCUCAUACACGUGUCACGUGUGGGUGGAGAAGGAGGGACUCAGCAGCCCCAUGGAGAGCAUCACUGCCGCCACAGCCCCCAAUGCAGUGAGAAACCUGGCAGUGGUUGCUCAGACCAACAGCUCCAUCACACUGACGUGGGAGGACCCCGAAGCCCCCGAGGACCCCGACACCCACAACUUCACCUACCAGAUCCACUGCAUGGGCAGUGAUGGCAGAAAUGUGACCCAGAACACGACAGUGACCAGUGCCACUGUGGAUGGACUCACAGCGGGAACCUCAUACACAUGUCACGUGUGGGUGGAGAAGGAGGGACUCAGCAGCCCCAUGGAGAGCAUCACUGCCGCCACAGCCCCCAAUGCAGUGAGAAACCUGGCAGUGGUUGCUCAGACCAACAGCUCCAUCAUGCUGACGUGGGAGGCCCCUGAAGCGCCCAAGGACCCCAACAAUGAGAACCUCACCUACCAGAUCCACUGCAUGGGCAGUGAUGGCAGAAAUGUGACCCAGAACACGACAGUGACCAGUGCCACUGUGGAUGGACUCACAGCGGGAACCUCAUACACGUGUCACGUGUGGGUGGAGAAGGAGGGACUCAGCAGCCCCAUGGAGAGCAUCACUGCCGCCACAGUGCCAGCCGCGGUUGUCAUCGACUCCUGCGUCAGCACCUCGGGGGGCUACGCGGUCGUCCUGAACUGGUCCUGCCCCCAGGGGGGCUACGACAAAUUCCAGGUGCAUGUGGGCGGGAACAUAAUCAAGGAAGAAGCUUCGUGCAGCAAGCCCAGGACUGUGGGGGAGCUCCAGCCUGCUCGGUCCUACAAAGCCACCGUUACUACUCUCUGGCGUGGGCUGAGCGCCUCGGCCGCCUCCACGACCUGCCACACCGAGAGCGGAGGGGUCAUUGCUGGGUCCAUCGUGGGCAUCCUCCUCUUCCUCGUCCUGGUGGGCCUGCUGGUUUUCUUCUUGAGAAAGAGAAAGAAGAAGGAGAGCCAGAAGAAGGCGGCACCCAGGGACCUGACGUUCAGCUUCCCAGGGGACAUCCCGGCCCAAGACUUCCCUGAGCACGUCAGGCGGCAGGGGAAGGACAGCAACUAUGGCUUCGCUGAGGAGUACCAGCAACUGGCUCUGGAGGGCCAAGGCCUGUCUCAGCUGGCGGCCACCGCUCCCGAGAACGUCACCAAGAACCGCUACAGGAACGUGCUGCCUUACGACUCGUCCCGGGUGCCCCUGAAACCCUUCCUCGGGGGACCAGGUUCUGACUACAUCAACGCCAGCUUCCUGCCUGGUCUCUGGGGUCCCAAGGAGUUCAUUGCAGCCCAGGGCCCCCUGCCCCACACCGUGGGCGACUUCUGGCGUCUGGUGUGGGAACAGCAGAGCCAGACUCUGGUCAUGCUCACCAACUGCGUGGAGUCUGGCCAGGUCAAGUGUGAGCACUACUGGCCCCUGGACGCUCAGCCCUGCACCCACGGGCAGCUGCGGGUCACGCUGGUGGCCGAGGAGGUGACAGAGAACUGGGCGGUGCGAGACCUGCAGCUCCUCCACCUGGAUGAGCAGAAAACACUCUCCACACGCCAAUUCCACUACCUGGCCUGGCCGGACCACGGCGUCCCCCACUCCCCAGACCCCUUGCUGGCCUUCUGGAAGAUUCUCCGGCAGUGGUUGGACCAGACUGCAGAGGGAGGCCCGCCCAUCGUGCACUGCAGCGCUGGCGUGGGCCGCACAGGCACCCUCAUUGCCCUGGAUGUCCUGCUCCGGCAGCUGGCAUAUGAAGGGGUCUUAGGGCCCUUCAACUUCGUGAGGAAGAUGAGAGAAAGCCGGCCGCUGAUGGUGCAGACCGAGGCCCAGUACGUCUUUCUGCACCAAUGCAUCCUGCGGUUCCUCCAGCAGUCAGCCCCGGCCCAGCAGCUGGCUGCAGAUGACCCCAAGGUCGACCACAUCUACGAGAACGUGGCUGCCCUCCAGGCCCUGGAAGCGGAGUCCUAG